AUGCACGACGAGGUGGUCAUCUUCUUGAAGCCAUAUGAUACAUUAAUUGAACUUCAAUUACAAGAUCGAAUUCGUUCAAUUGGUGUUAAUCGAUUUAAUCAACAACGUUCAAUUGUUGAUUAUUGCCGUCAAUAUGAAAUUUGUUUAAUGUGUUAUUCAUCAUUAGCACGUAGACAAUCAUUGUUACAUCCAUUUGUUAUUGAACUUCCAAGAAAAUAUCAACGUAAACCAGCACAAAUAUUAUUUCGAUAG